GACUUUGACGAGGAGGACUUCCACUCGACGCCCAUCCCGUUCGGACGGACUGCAGCGAACGCAGCGUUCGGCCAUGGGUUUGGCAGCGGGGGAAUGAGCAGUGGGCAGGAGUCGCCGACGGGAGCGAUCACGCCCAUUGCGCUGCCCGAACGCGCCGACCGGACGUACUUCCACGCCCGCACCGACUCGCUCACGUCGGAGGACUCGCAGACGUCGGCCAGUCGCCACCUCCCCCGCAAGCCGUCCACGCCCUUCGCACACUCCACCCACUCCUCCAUCAACACCACCACCUCCUCCCCCUUCACAAAGAAGCCCUCCUUCGCGUCCAUCCGCAAUGCCUUCAAGACCGCCGCAAAGGCUGCCCCCGUCGACCCCCCGCCCCUUCCUCCCCUCGACCACAGCGCGUAUCCUGUGCUCAAGAACCCCUUCAACCGCUCCAAUUCAUCCCUGGCGCACGUGCCCACCAACUCCUUCACCAGACGGCCGUCCGAGCUGAACAGCCCGCCUAAUCAUCGACCACCGACACCCGGCUCCAACGAGGCUCGCUACGCACGAGCAGCGAACGGAAGGCAGAGAGGCCACUCUACCGUGCGCUCACAGCAUUCCCAUUCAGGAUCGAUCUUUCACAACUCGGACAGCGAUCAUGGCCAUGGUUUUAAUUUCGGACAUGGAGCUUCGACCUCGCCACCACCCGUCCCUCCCGUCCCAGACCUUUUCCAUGGAAGUUUUGGCUCGAGGACGGACACGCCUCCGCUCGUCGAACCGGACGAGGAUAACGUCGUGCUCGAUCCGAGGACGCCGUCCGAGUAUGCGCUUCAUGCUAUUUUUUUCAGGUUCGCAGGCGCGGCAGAGAUGAAGAUGGACACUUUUCUCAGGCAGCCUCUCGAUCGAGGUGAACCUCCCCUAGCCGACUUCAUGGGCCCCGGCAUCGACCCCAAAUUCGACGACAUCCUCGCCACACUCGGUCGUAUAGGUCAGAAAAACGCGAAACCGGUCGUAGACUCCAUAAUGCGCUGGCGCAGAACACAACACGAGCCCGUCUCCUUCGACAUCGUACGCUUUCACAUCGGCCAAUCGCCCUCAGCCGCAUCUACCACCACGCGCCACAAUAACAACAGCAACAACAACAACGGCGGCGGGAUUCGCUCGCAGGACGCGCCGCUUAUACUCAAUGAGCGCAAGAGUCUGGGCUCGAUAUAUAUCAUGUGUAGGGCGUUGAUAGCGGUCAUGCAGAGUCUGAGCGCGGGGAGUUCGGGUUCUGGGGGUGGGAUGGGACUAGCGCUGGGAGGCGGGGCGGCGAGGGUCGAUGGCGGUCUGGGAGAGAGUUUGGGGUAUAGUUUGGAGGAGACGACGUUUGAGCAGUUUAGGAGGCCGGAUUUGAAGUUAUUGGCGCAGAGCGCGAAUCAUAGGACGAAUGCGGAGCUUUAUGCGACGCUGUUGGGACAUUUGGCGAAUACGAGGUUUCCGAGUGUGAGUAUGUUGUUUUUGGGCGAGUUGGAGCCGGUGGCGAGUGGACAGGUGCCGAAGGAUGCGGAUAUGAAGUAUGAGAAUCUGGUUAGGGGGUUGAAGCAUGUCCAGAUCAAGGUAUGGCCACCAGAAGCCUUCGAAGAUGGCGCAGAGUUCAUGGAGGCACUCGCUAAGUGUUUUGAUAAUGCCCAUGGGUUCCGGUUCAAAGUCGCCUUUGCUGAGACUUUGGUCCAUCUCAUGCAUCCUGUCGCCAAGACCGCACAAGCGGAAGUUAACCAUCCGCAAUGGGCAAAGGCGAUCGAGAUCAUCUAUCCAAAAGCGAGGGAUAUGGCGAGCAAGCCUCGAUAUUGGCAUGUCGCGUAUCCCCUCGUCGUCGUCAGCCUCUGUGUCGCGCCGACGGAGUAUUUUCUCCGGAAUUGGCAGUCUUGCUUCGAAUUUGGACUGAGCAAACUCAAGGAAAAACCAUUCCGGAUCCCCGUCAUGAACGGGAUGAUGCGCCUCAUCUGGACAUACAUGUUUCGUUGUCGCGAAUCUGCAUCGACCUCAACAUCGAAAAUGGAGUCCCUCCUCAAACACUUCUUCCCCCCCAACAGACUCACCAUCUUCCCACAAGAAGACCACCUCGAACCGUUCAUCUACAUCGUCCACUUCGCCUUUGCCCGCCACUUCGACUUCGGAAUCGACAUCACGCUCGGACUCCUCCAAGAAUCAGGCAUGAAAUCACAACCGACGAACGCAUCGUCUAUACUCUCCCCCGAAAGAAUGGCCAUCGCCGUCCAGGCGAUAUUACUCACUAUACAUCUUAUGGAGAGGGAAGAACCGAUCCCGGUUUGGCCGUCUAGUCCCGAUUUCGCGGGCGCGCCGUCGUGGUUGGAUUAUCCCUCCUCGUCAGAUUUCAUGCCACAGGCUCUCCUGUCCAAACCCGGCAUGCAGGAUUUUUUCGAUCGGACGGGGACGGUGUUAAGCCAUGUAGCGAUCUCGUGCGCCAAUGCGAUAGGGAGGAUGUCGAUAUUCGACGAACAGUGGCUCGCGACGCGCCUCAAUCCGAGCUACGAAGAGACGCAUAAUUAUAUUAUAAGACGACAUCCGGAUGGAGCCGUCGCGUAUUCGAAUGCGCUCGUGCCGCAGAUUAGUCUCUUGCAGACGUGUUUCCAGGCAUGGCCUAGAUGUUUGCAUACGCCGUCGUUGCCGACGAACGAGGCGGUGGAUAUGUUGAUUAGGGGGAUCAUACAUAUCGAGCCCGCGGUGGGCGAGGCGGCGGUAUUGGCGCUCAGGAGGUUCAUGGCUGCGGAUGGAGAGACCGCAUCGGCGGUGUUACAGCAGUAUGCGGCGUUCUUGUUCGAUCCGGGGUCGAUUGCGCAGGAGGGUUCGGGGUCGAAACUCGUGGUGGAGAAUAGUAGGCUGUUGAAUUUGUGGGUGAGUCUGUUGGACGGAUGGGUGCAUGAGUUGUUGCAGCGGAGGGUGGGAGAGGUGAAGGAGGAGGAGAAGGAGAGGGUGAGGAGGAGGAUGGAUGAGAGUGAGGCGGGCGCGUUGUUUUUGCUUUGUCAUGGUUCGAGGGGGGUUUAUACGGUGGGCGUGAAGGUGAUGAGGAUGCUGGGUUUGUUGGUUGCGCGGUUGUGGCCGAGGACGGGUGGUGCGGGCCAGGUGGAGUUGAGGAUCGUGGAUAUGUUUCAUGGGAGGGGGCCGGAGAAGGUUCCGCUGGAUGGGUACGACCAUGUUCUCGAGCCGGCAGAUGUAGAGAGGUUGAAACAGUGGAGGGAAUCCACCAAGACCGACGUUUUCCUCCGGAUCGCGGACAGCGAGGAUACGAGGGACCGCACGAUAUGGACGUGGAUCUAUCCUGGCUUCAUGCAUGUCUACACCAUGGAUGGAACGGAACACGCCCCGGCUACGCUCCAGAUCCUCAGGGAGACACUCGUCGCCGCUACAUCGCGGUUUCAUCCCACCAUGGCACUCAUGGCGGGCCUCAUCGCCCGCCCGCCACCCAUCCCCGGGAAAGCGCCAGGCGCAGGAAGCGGUGGUGGUGGUGGCGGUGGUGGUAGUGGGGAGAAGGACGCGACGAAGAAUAAUUCGCUCGACCAGAGGCUGUUGACGGGCCAAUGGUACAUGUGGACGAAAGUGCUCUGUUCGAUCGCCGCCGUGCCCGACCACAGACCCGCUCUCGUCCAACGCGAACACUCCCGCGCGCCGUCCGAAGUCAACUUUGAGCGCGAAAAGUUGACGACGACGCGUGGCUUGGUGCGAUACCUCGCGCCUUUCCUCGACUCGGAACAUUCGUAUUUCCGCGAUGCCGCCGUUUUCUGUAUUAGCUCUUUGCCUUCGAGGGGAUAUCCACAGCUCUUGGACGAUUUGGGACUGCUGGCGCAUCGGCAGUUGUUUGAUGAUAGUAGGAUGAAGGCGAGUGUGACGUCUGUGGCGGAACGGGGUAGGAGGCAGGAAAGGCUGUUCACGGCGGUCGCGAGGAUUUAUUAUUAUACGGCGCAUUAUUUGCAGGAUCAGCGGUCUAGCGGACGUCAGGCUGCGCUCUCGCCUGUCCUGCGUUUCGUGCGGAAUACCCAGGCCGUGCUCACCUCCCCGGACUCGAGAGACCACUUCAAGCUGCAGAAGCUGCGACGUUACUUCUGUGGCACCGUCGAGCGGCUGUUCGACGGCCUGACGACGCUGAACGAUACGGACCGGUUCAUUCCACCUGGGAUGCAUCUGUCGCUUUAUAGGCUUUGCGAGGAGUGGUGUCAGGUCGGGAGGCAGUCCGAGAACGUGAAGCAGAGGCUGAUAUUGAUGCAGAGGGCGGCGACGAAUGCGGUGGUGGAUCCGGCGGAUAAGGGUCAGGCGGUCGCGAUAUUCCAGAAGGAGACGAAGAUGUUGAGCAAGGCUGCGAUUGGGGCCAUGGCGGCGCUUUGUGCAAAGGCGUAUUUUCCGCCAGAUAUGUCGUCGGGUUCGCCGACGGAGAUGCUUUCGUUGGAUAGUCCGAAGGCACUGGAUCCGAGGUCGACGCUGGAGCGGUUUACGUCGAUACUGGCUUCGCUGGAUACCUCCAUCCAGGCGAGCGGAAAGAGAGCGUUAAAGGCGUUGUUGGCAUUCGGAGAGCGCGACUCGACUCUGGUCGACGAGGCUCUUCGACGGUCGUUCGUCACCGCCAAGGAGAGCGAUAACAGCAACGUCCGGUUUUUCGAGGUCGUCGCCGACGUUCUCUGCUCUUCGCAGACCCAUGGUUUCCGGUUCGAACAGGUCGCUUGCCUGGGUCUCUUCAACCUCUGUCACCCGCUACACGCCGUCCGGAGUCUGGCGCUCGAUAUCCUUGAGCACCUGCACGAACAGUCGAACGGCAUGUUGUCCAUCUCGCAGUACGAGUCCUCCAUCGAGAGCUCCGCACCGAGCACAUACCUCCACUAUCAUCGGAUGAUCUCGGACGUGCUCGCCGGGGAACAUCCAGACAAAGCGGCCGCGGUGCUCACACAGUUCUCGACGUGGCUUCCUCAGAUGUUCGACCCUGCGAGUCUGCCACCCGUGCUCCUGCAGAGUUUGGAGUACUGGAGUCCGAAUAUCGAUUUGAUGGAGGAGGAUAGGUCUGCGCUCUCCCGGGAGGGCCGAAUCGCGCUGUAUCAUCUCAUGGCGCUCACGACUCGUUACGCCCAGUCACACGCAGAGCAGAUUCUGCUGCUCUGGACACGCCUCGUUGACGCGCCCCAUCAGUCGAAUGGGCAUGCUGCCAUUCGGUUCCUCCUAGAGCAAUCGCAGACGGUGGGCAGUAUCGCCUUCAUUCAAUGCGCGGAGAACGUCGUCGCUUGUUUGUCGCAGUCGGCCAUCGGGCGCAAUAUCGUCGAGGACCUCUGCAGCGUUAUCGAACCGGCGCGGAUGCUUCCCACCAUCGACCACAAGCUGGCGGUCCCGGACGCGGAGGACGUCGAGCUGUGGUCAGAUCUGGACGUCCUGUUUGCGGAGCAGCCAAGGUUGUCGUUGGGCGCGGGCCAGUACGCUCUGCUCUUCCUUUCGAACAUCGCGCUAGAUCGCCAUUGGGACUCGGACGACCAGUUGCCGACCGUUCUUCAUGCUGUUUUCGUGCACUUGGAUCACCGUAUGCCGUUCGUCCGGGAACAUGCGAGGCGGAUGCUCUUCCAGGUCAUACGCUUUUGGCUGCCCGGAUACGACGAGCUCCCGGAUCGGUCUCAGUAUCCCUCUCGUGCCUCCCUCAAGGCAUCCGUCGCAGAGCUGGAGCGCCAAAUUGGUUCCAAGAUAUGGCGUGAGGACGAGACGGCGACGCAGUCGGAGAACAAGAUGCAGUGGCUCUGCGCUCGGGUGCUCAAGCUUUUACAGCCCUUGUCUCCAAAGCUGGCGAAAGAGUGGGGAUCGCUGGCGUUGUUGUGGGGCACUGCUUGUUCCAUCCGUGCCAUCGCUUUCCGCUCGCUUCAGAUCUUCCGGGCUCUUGUUCCUUCGGCCACGCAAGCCGACAUGGCACUCCUCCUUGGACGGCUGUCGAACACUAUCGCAGCACCCGACGAAAACAUCCAGUCAUUCACGUCCGAGCUCAUCCAGACCCUCAACUCCCUCGCUUUGACCGAGGAACUCGACAUCUCUCUCGUCCCGCAGAUGUACUGGUGUGCUUGCGCGUGUCUGUCGACGACGGUCGAAGGCGAGUUCCUGCAGGUCGUGACGUUACUCGAAUCGAUCCUUUCCCGGGUGGAUCUCAAGGAUGAGAACACCCUACAAUUCAUAUUAUCUCAGCAGCCUCCAGACUGGAUCGGAUCCACAACACUGCAGCCGUCACUGCUCAUCGGUCUGCGCUCCUCAAAGACGUACGAACCGACUAUGAAGAUGCUCGAGCGGAUGGCCAAGAUUCCCGGGAAUGGACUCGUAGACACACCCGAAGGUCGUGUCCGCGACUUGUACACCGCCUGUCUUCCCCGAUGCAUGAGGGCGAUGACGGAAGAGACGACCGAUAAGGACCUCGAGGAGUUCGCUACCAAUAUCGGCAGACUGGCAGAGCUAGAGGACCGACCGAGUAUCGCUCGAAUCAUGACAUCCUUCGUCAAAGGUCGCUUCCGUACCAAGGAGGACUUCCUGCGCCAGUCGGUGUCCAGCCUCCGCGAGCACUAUGGCUCAGACCAUUGGACAGAGGUCGUGACCCUUCUUCUCGGCCUUGUUCUUAACAAAGAGGAGUGGCUGCGCGUACAUUCCCUGCAGAUUCUCAAGGUUCUCUUCCAGCAACGCGAAACUCGCCAACCUGUAGACCUCUUGGGCUCAGAACUACUCAUGCCUCUCCUUCGACUACUGGAGACCGACCUGGCUCCUCGAGCGUUGGAGGUCUUGGAAGAGCCCAUGACGAUCUCCGGCGGUCUGCCGGCAAGACAGGUCCUUCGGAUGAGCAUGCAUCUUAGUAUGCACACGAAGCCUACCGUUAAAGACACCGGUCCAGUCGCGGAUGUCUUCGGGGUGCCGCAGGAGACCGGAUGGUGUGUCGCUCGUCCAGACGAGAUGCGAUCGGUCUGUCGUGCCAAUGUCGUCGCCGUCUUUGAUACGUGCAAGAUAUCUUCCCGUCCUUCCCGCGUCGACUUCCAGCCCGACGACAUCAUCCGCUUAGCAUCCCCAGACCAUGGCGACGAAGACCUCGGCGACCUAGUUCAGAACCUUCAUGAGUUGAGCACCUUCUUCCAGGAGGACAGCGUCACUAGGAGAAAUCCACCUUUCCAAGCUAUGCCCAGUCAUCAGCUCGAAGCCCGUGUGGCGGCCAUUCUCGCGAAAUCGACGGAUCCCGUGACGGAUGUACCGCAGACGCCUUUCGUGGACGUAUUCCGCGUAGAUGGGAUGGCUCCAUUCGGUCAGGACGACUCGGACAAUGAUACGGACUAUAGCUCGGACUCGGAUGCUUUCGUCUUUGACUCUCCUUCUGCUUUACGGAUGCGGGGUGCACAUGGCAUAAACGGUAUCAAUGGUUCUCGGACACGUAUAUAACCUAUGCCCUUUUAUUUUUGGAUUCUUUGUCCAUAUGUUACGCGGUACUUUUUUUUUGGUUUCUACUAUUACUUACGCUCGUCUCACCCUGUCGCAAUGUCCAUAGCUUCAUAUGAUCUGACACUAACCUGUGCAUUAAUGCUCCGCAUACAUACUGUAUUGUACCACCACGCUCUC